GUACGACCUCGGCUCUCUUUUUUCUUUGAGGCGUAUUAUUGUAGGUUCCCUCUGUCGAUAUAAGGAUAGUUUUUACAGUCAGAAUCAAAACCUAAUUCAUUUACAAUACCUGUCUCCCGAGGAUCACAACAUAAUGACAUUGGAACAGUAAAAAGACUACGCAGGGUUUGCACUUCAAUCACAGCUGCUCCAUAAAGAAAAGAAACUUACAGAAACCACCAAGAGAGCCGGUGAUUUAUAUCCAGUCGGAUACAAUAUAGCUGAAGAUGACUUUCUUGCUUAAACAAGGAGGGAAAAAAUGAACUCAUAUGUAUGAUGUAAAUAGACUUAACCAUGGGUGGCUGUGGUUUACUAUAAAUAUUCAAUUCAUUAUGGCUGCGGAGACGUACGGCUCCUACUGCGUGCCGGUGUUCUCGCCCCUGUCUGUCACCCGCUCGUGUUUGUCAUAAGCCAGAACCCUCUUUAUUGUCCCCCCACACACACACACAUCUUUUUCACAGAUCCAGGAAUCAACACAUUUGGGAAUUUCCAUCGGAGCUCGGGACCUCUUAACGGCGAAGAUCUCAUUGAGGGAGGCUUUUCAGCAAUGGAAAAAACCAUAGGCCUGCGAGUUUGGAUCCCGUGAUGCAUUGCUGCUUGAAGUUGCAUCUGCUCUUCUCUUUCAUCUCUCCUCUUGUUAACUGGGAGCUGUCACAUUAGGAGGCUUCUGCAGAGCUCCUGAAGCCAACUUAGCAGAGAGUGCUCUACUGAAAGCUUUCUGAAGUCGCUCCUGAAGGACGAUGCAUAACCUCCUGAGAUUAACUCAACGGCAAAAAUUAAAACGAUAGCGGUUCCUUCACUUCUGCCGCUUGCUGAUGGACCAGAAGAACGUGAACCUGCCUGCCUGGUUUCAGUAGCCUUUUCCUCAUUUGUUAAGGUGUGCCGAUGUUAUCCGUACAACCCAAGGGGAAGCAGAAGGGCUGUGCUGGCUGCAACCGGAAGAUCAAGGACCGGUACCUGCUGAAGGCCCUGGAUAAGUACUGGCACGAAGACUGCCUGAAGUGCGCCUGCUGCGACUGUCGUCUUGGAGAGGUUGGAUCAACCCUUUACACAAAAGCAAAUCUCAUCCUUUGCCGCAGAGAUUACCUGAGGCUCUUCGGUACCACCGGGAAUUGCGCUGCCUGCAGUAAGCUGAUCCCUGCCUUUGAGAUGGUGAUGAGGGCCAGAGAUAAUGUUUACCAUUUGGACUGCUUCGCCUGUCAGCUCUGCAACCAGCGGUUCUGCGUGGGGGACAAGUUUUUCCUGAAGAACAACAUGAUCUUGUGUCAGAUGGACUAUGAGGAAGGGCAGCUGAACGGGAGCUUCGAGUCCCAGGUUCAAUAGCGAUCCCUGCUUCGCUGGAGCACUGUGGAUGGGCGCCCGGCCGCGCCAGCAGCCAGCCGUCUGUCAGCUUGCCUGCAAUAUUUUUUUAAUUCUGGUCCAGAGAGGACUAUAUACAUUGUAGUACUUUCCCCCCACCCCCCCAACACAAAGCAGUUACAAUUUUAGAUGUACAGUUGUGCCUGCUUAGCUGAGCACUGCAUUGCCUGUAUGUUUGUGAGUUUCCAGGGUCUGGGGGAGGGCUCUGUACAGUCUGUUUUCUGUAUAUAAACUGGAACAUUUAUUUUAUGAAAAAUGUAAUGCAAUUUUAUUACUGGUGUGAAUUAAAAAUUAUGAAUGUUUCCUGGUCA